AUGAAUAAAAUAGCUUUAUAUCUGGCAAUAUUAACAACACCCACAAUGGCAUUUCAAUGUUUUCAAUGUAAUAAUGGAAGUGAUGAUGAUGAUGCUAUGCCUUGUAUUGAUCAGAAAACGGAAUGUCCAAAAGAUACGAAAAGUUGCUCGACAAUUUUUUAUGCCUCUAAACAAGCUGAUAAAAUUCAUAUACGGAAAUUUUGCACAACUUCUGGUACUUCGAUAUCACGAUAUCUUCCAUUAUUUCGUGGCAGUGCUAUGUGUCAAAAUAUCUAUACGAAUCAAGAACGUGUGCAACUUACGUCGCCAUUAUUUGAAAGGCGACGUCGUGAAGCGUUACCACCAGCACCACCAAGACAAUAUAAGAAUAAUUUACUAUGUAUAUGCGCUACAUCUUUAUGCAAUGGUGGUGGUAUUCAUGAGGAGAUCAUCAAUAGAAUUAUCUCUAAUCCACCAAAACAUAAUGUCGACUUUUCGUUACAAGAUUUCGAUGAUUGA